AUGGAAUCGAAUGGUAGCGGAUGGCAGACGACCGCCGCCGCGGCCGACCCCGCCAGCUGGGAGCUGCUGGUCCUGUCGAAGUUGAAAUGGGACGUAGCGGGUGUCACGGCGCACGACUUCCUGCCCCUUCUCCUCUCCCGGCUGCAUCUGCGUGAUCUCGUCAACAAGGAAAUGGUGCAGAGGCACGCUCAGACCUUCAUAGCGCUCGCGGCGAGAGAUUACGAGUUCACCUUAUACUCGGCGAGCACACUUGCUUCUUGCAGUAUCGCCGCUGCGUUACGGGGCCUCGGCGUGGAUGGCCACCUACCCCGUCUGCAAGAGCUCACCGGCAUCGACUUGGACUGCCUCCAGACGUGCCUCGAGCAAAUCGAGGAGAUGGUACAGAACAUGAUAGAGGAGCGCGUCGUCUCCGUCCCAAACGGCCAAGCGCGCGAAGCGGCGGAGUGGACGCCGCCGCCGACGCAGAACAAGGCGCACAAUAACGCCGCCACACCAACCGACGUCCGCGACGUGCACUUC